AUGGACAUCUUCGCUGGUGCAUCCACCGUGUCGGAGACGGUUGAGACAGUCUUGGUGAAAAACAGUGAUUACUACGUUAGAGUGAUGGAACAACUCACCACCGGUAAUUCUACUACUACUGCAACUAAUUCUGGUACUACUAUGGAUAGUAGUGAACUCUGUCAAACUUUACUGCAUAGUAUUCAGCGUCAACAAGGUGCAUCCACACCAUCUGCUCCUUUUUCCGUUGCCUUUGGGAAUACAAAAGCCCCGCUGCUCCUUCUCUUUGCCCCGGCGGUGUUGCUGCGGGCAUCUUUACUUCUCGCCUCACCGCAGGCAGAUACAUUGAAACCAGAUGCGGAGUGGCACACGGCGGUGGCUCCCUUCUUACUCGCCACGCAAAGUGAACUGCUCGCCUCACCAGGGCAGAGCGUGGCUCGUGUAAACACAUUGCCUCAUCCACCGCACUUGCACACCUCGCGGCACACACCCUCAUGGUCCGUGAUUCUCACACCAACGGUAUUGGCAGAUAUGGUUCCACUUCCACCAUCCGCACUGCAGAGGGAACACACAUUGAGUGCGGAUAAUCUUGGAGGCGUACUCUGUGUGUUAAUGUGCGGGUUAGUGCACUUUGUUCAGUCACUGAUACUCUUACCACAACGUGUUUUGUGUGGAUCAGGAACCCUUGAAUUCUGUAAGAAAACUAUGGCUGUACUUUUGUCACCGACCGUUGUGAUGUAUGGAGCAAAAACAAGGAAUUUACAAAUAGCUGUAGGUUCCAUUCUUCUUCAUAUUCGAUGUUUGUUGGCUAUGCGAGAGGCGGUGGGUGAACUUCGUCAAGAACGAUUGAUAGAAGAAUGGUCUGAAGGUAUGCAGUGUUGGCUUGAUUUGGCAACUCAGACAGGGAAUACGGUUUGUGUACAACUUUUAUUUUCGUAUAUGUUAUCACCAGAUAUUUAUUGGACACAAUAA